AUGGGCAACUGCAUGUCGACGGAGAAAACGCCACAUCGGGCCCAGGUGAACAACAAUUCUGGACCUCGAGACUUGAUGAUGCACGUCCCCAGACCUCGAGUUGAUUAUGACGGAAGAGCUAUCCGGAUCGAGGAUCACGAGCUCGACAGACGGACUCUCGAAGCAGCCUUGACAACGAUGGCAGAUUAUAUCGACAGGCAGGGUCAAAACAUCACAAUCAUCACUGUUGGAGGCGCCGUAAAUGCCCUGCUACUGCAGAACCGAUUGUCAACCCACGACGUCGACUUCUCUGGGACGAAUCUCAACAACGAUCAGCGGAUCUUGCUAGACGAGGCCGCGAGGUACACCGAAAGACAGAGCCAGACACCGCUAGGAGGCGAAUGGUUCAAUAACCAGACAAUGCUCUGGCUCCCACCUAACGUCCAUCGUAAGGUUACUCAGGAAGCACUCGAGCAAAACGAGGUUGUCUUUGAAAGGAGGGGACUGAAGGUGGUUGCCGCACCGUGGAACUACGCACUUUGCGGUAGAAUGAAUCGACUGGUUCGUCCAGAUCAAGCUCGGCCGUACGAUGGCACAGACGCGGCAUCGUACCUCCACUAUCAUAUCUUGAAGCACGGCGGACCUAUUUCUGUAGCUAGAACCAAGCGGUGGUGCCAAGGAUACCAGAAGGACACCGGUAACGAUGUGAUACGUGCAGUCAACGAGGAGUAUCGGCGACUGUAUAGGAGAAACGGAAUCACUGGUUAG